CACUCACUCAGUGAUACUCAAAGACGAUCGUUCUUCUAAUUUAAAAAAAAAAAAAAACAAACAAACAAACAAACGAACAAACAAACAAACAAACAAUUUACAUUGUGUGCAACAUGAGAUUUAUUAUUUUGGUAUGCCUAUUGGCAUUGAGCACAGCGAGACGAGUUCAGGUUCGUCCACGAGUUGCUGAACCACAAAUAUAUUAUGAAGAUGAAGAUACACAACAAGUUGAAGAUGAAUAUUCAGCUGGUGGAGGUGGUGGUGGUGGUGGUAGUAGUGCUAGUGUUGAAGUUUAUCAACCACGUACAAGAGCAUUACCAACACCAAGAUCAAAAGAUACAUUAAAUCCAUCAAAAUCACCACCAGUACAAACAAUUCGUAAUUACAAUAAAGUUAAUGAUGAUGGUUCAUUUACAUUUGGCUAUGAGGCUGCAGAUGGAUCAUUUAAAGAAGAAACCCGAGGCACUGAUUGCGUUGUACGUGGUAAAUAUGGUUACGUUGAUCCUGAUGGUAAUAAACGUGAAUUUACAUAUGUAUCUGGUAAUCCAUGUGAUCCAAAUGCACCAAAAGAAGAUGACGAUGAAUUACCAUCAAAACAACAACAAGAAGAUGAACCAGCUGGUCCAGCAAAUUAUCCAUCAGUACGUCCAAGACCAGCACAAUCAAAUUAUCCAAGAACAACAACAUCAAAAGCACCAACAACAUUAUUUCAAAAUGAAUAUUCAUCAAUUCAAGAUGAUGAUGCAAGUCAAGAAUUAGAAGAAGAUGAUGAGCCAAAUGUUGUUAUUAAACCAACAACAUAUCGUAGUCGACCACGUGGAAGUUAUUUAAAAAUUUCACCAGUACGUGGUGAAUCAUUAUAUGGUGUUGCUCCAACAUCAGCAACAACACCAACAGUUGCAACAACACCAUAUCGUUUAACAACACCAUCACCAAAUUAUCAAACAUUAGCUAGUCCAACACCAACACGUCGUAUUCCAACUCAAUCAUAUCAAUUAACUGAAAGUUCAACAACACCAAGAUCAAUACAACGUGAAAGACCACAAUCUGUUGCUAUUACACCAAGACCACAUGCUGCACAAGUUGCUGCACAAUAUUUAUCAUCAAGUGUUACUGAACGUCCAGGUAUUGUUUAUGCAACACAAAGAAGUACAACUGAUAGUCCAAUGGUAACAUCACCAGCUGAUAUACAUCUUAGUUUUGCUCAAGAAUUAGAAAGAUAUGUUAAUAGUGUACCAGUAACAAAUCGACCAACAUCAACAAAACAACCAAUUAAAUCAGAACCAAUAUAUCAAUCAGAGCUUAUUUAUGAUCCAAAUAGUGGUCAAUAUAAUACACAAUUAUUUCAAAAUCUUCCACAAACAAUUGGUGAUUUUCGUUUAAAUCAUAAACUUCAACCUUAUGUUGCACAAGGAUCACCAUAUAGACUCCAACAACUUCAAUCAGCUCAACCAUUACAAUCACCAUCUAGAAUUGUUCCUUCAACUUCAACAAGACAACAACAGCAACAGCAACAACAACAGCAACAACAACAACAACCACAACCUCAAGAAGCUAUUUAUCGUCAACAACAAUCUGAACAACUUUUACAAUCACAACAACUUUAUGCACAACAGCAACGUCGUCAACAACAACCAGUUGCACCAAAAUAUCAAUUAGUUAAUUCACAAAGAGAUUCACAAAAUUAUUAUUAUUCUGUAUCACCACCAGCCAGAGGAACAGGCACUCAAUCAUUGUCUGUUGGACAAAUUGAUCAAUUUUUACGUGGCAGUAAUCCAGGAUUUUAAAUAUUAUUUUCUUUUUUUUUUUUUUAAAUUACAAAUAAUUGGGACAAUUUAUGGAGUAUAAACUCUCAGGUAUACUUGGGAUUUGGGGAAUCAUUUUUUUAAAUUUUAAAUUAAUCAAGUAAAUUCAUUUUAAUAUUCAUAAAUUUUUUUAAAUAAAUUCAAAGUUAUUAAUUGACAUUUAAAAAAAUAUAUCUGAGAAUUAUUAAUAUCAGUUGCCAAAAUAUUCAUAUCGUAGAUUUUUUUGUAAUUUUAACAAGACAAAAAAAAAUUAAAAAAAAAACAGUUAUUAUAUUUUUAUCAAUACCAUUAUUAUUAUUAAUAUUAAUAUAUAAUUUUUAUAAUUUUUUUCACCGACGGAUUGUGAUUACGUCGACUUGUCCGUCCUGUAAAAUCCCACACUGUCGACACGUAUUUUUGUACAUAUUAUAUUCUUCGAUACUCCGUCCUGUUAUAUAUAAUUAAUUUGUAGAUUAAUCUUUUUUUUAUCUUUUUUUUUUUAUAUACACUUUUUUUUUAAAUUGAUUUGUGAUGUUUAUGUAUUCAUGAUUCAACAUUAUUGCAGGUUUUUUUUUCUAUCUACUCUUGUAUGUAUACUGAAUGAUUAAUAAAUUAAAUUUUUAUCCUA